AUGGCGAUGGCAACCCCUUCUAGUACCACCACGCCCAUCUCGGGUACGUUUGCCUUGACCAAGUCCAAGGUACUGCUCAUAGUAUCCCUGGUUAUCACAUGGUAUAUUGCCGGUCUCUUUCCACACUACAAGCCUCGGAUACAGGAAUCAUUCAAGAACAAGCUGGACGAGGCCAAGGGCAAAAUUCCAUCUGUCAAGGUAGAUUGGCAUCCAAACGCCAUACCCGAAACCGACCUCUACCCUCGCCUGAGAUACAAUACCUCAAAGGUGGCUCUUCUGAUUGAGCCCCGCCCCUUGCCACAUCUCGUGCCUCAACUACUCCAUAUGAUCACUGUGGUACCCCCCGACUGGCGCUUUGUCUUUAUCGGCACCAACAAGUCCGUGAUCAGCGUUGGCAGAAGCUAUGCAACCAAGCACCAGCAAGCUAUCGGAAAGUUGGACUUGUUGAUGCUGCCCGACCCGUGGGAUAUUAGUAGCAAGGAGGGAGUCUUUCGCACCCUCACCGAUGCGCGCUUCUACGAUGAAUUUCUGCCCGGCGUGGAGUGGUUGCUCAAGUACGAGUAUGACAGCAUCCUGUGCGCCAACUCAGAGUCAAGUCUCAAUGAGUGGCUGCAUUGGGACUGGGCAGGAGCACCUCGGACUGUCGAUGAUAGAUUUUCCGGCAACGGUGGACUGUCCCUGCGAAGAGUCUCCACCAUCCAGCGCGUGCUCAAAUUUCAAGAACGCAUCAACAACACACAGGCCGAAGACGAGUGGUUUGGAACUCGACUAUGGGUGCUGCCCGGUACAAAAGUAGCUGCUGGCUUGCACGGCCAACUCGCCGUCGAAGACACAUACAUUCCCAAUCCCAUGGGCUUCCACGUACGCGAUGGUGGCAACAACCUGCACGAUGCGGUUUGGAAGGACCCCACACAGAGAAAAGCCAUUUUUGAAUACUGCCCCGAGCUCAGCUUGAUUAUGGAUAUGAAGCUCGAGGCUGAAAGAUGCCCCGGCGACGACAAGCAAGGCAACCUUCCAGCAGAGACUACUCCUGCAGCCGCUGCGGCUUCCCAGGGUUGA